AUGAACAUAAACCUUAAAUCCCCAGCAUCUGUUCUUCCGUUUGAGCAGAAAAACAGCCCCUAUGUUGCUAGAAAUGGAAAUUGCUUUCUAGUCAGGCACACUCCUCAUCCCAGGAGAGUCUGCCACAUAAAAGGUUUGAAUAACAUCCCUAUAUGUACUGUGAAUGAUGAUGAGAGCUCAUUCAGAACACCCUGGAGUGCUGGCCACUUAGAGAAGGAAGAGGCACCAUAUGCCAGAAGCAAUUACUCACCCAGCACGUCAGCCGUGGAGAGCCCUGUCAGAGUAGUCUCCCCCUUCCCAGACUCAACGAAGGUGCCCCCACGGCCUCAGUCUGAACCCUACAAAAAAAUUAAGGAGUGUUUCAAAACUUCCAGUGAGAAUCCUUUAGCAAUUAAAAAGGAGGAAGUUAAGCCAAGAAGUUCACCAUCACCUGUAAAGCCAUGCUCCAGUGCGAGCUCCAUUGUCUCAGAAGUGAUGAACACCAAAAAGGACAACACUGUUUGCAUACCAAACUACCUGGAUCAGGAAAUAAAAAUCCUAGCAAAGCUCUGUGAUAUUCUACAUACCGAUUCUCUGGCAGAAAUUCUACAGUGGUUGACUCAUGCAAGUUCAAAAGAAAAAGAAUGGGUCUCAGCUUUGGUUCAUGCUGAGCUGGCUGAGAUAAACUUAAUGGCUCACCACCGAAGAAACACCUCAAAAGAACAAGCAGCAGAGACCAGCAGGCCCCCGACAGUUAAACCACCUCCAAAUUCACUCGAAAAAUCCAAUGUGCUGUUCAGAUCCAAGGAAGGGCAUUGGCCAAUCAGUACCCGAGUGAGCACGGAGGAAGCCUGUUGCUCCAUUCUGGAAAUGGCUUCUCACCUUAGCCCAGGAUCUCCCUGUUGCCUGAAUUUAGGAGUCCCACAUGAGAUUUCACACCAAACUCCACUGUUUAUAAGAAGAAAUAAGAUGAAAAUACCCAUUACAGAAUACUUCAGCAAGCCAAAGUCUCCUUCAAGGCCUAAAACUCAGGAAAGACUAUCACGAAAACCAAUGUGA